UGCUUUGUCAAGACCCCGUCUCACUUCUAAAUAAUUAAGCCUGUUUCUUUGUCUCAAAAAAAAAUAAUUAAGCUUGAUUAUUGCAUUGGUUUGAAACAGCAUCAUUUUAGAAGAUGGUGCGAGUAAGUGUGUUGAAUGAUGCUCUUAAGAGCAUGUACAAUGCUGAGAAGAGGGGAAAGCGUCAGGUCAUGAUUCGGCCUUCUUCAAAAGUCAUCAUCAAGUUUCUCAUUGUCAUGCAGAAGCAUGGGUACAUUGGAGAAUUUGAGUAUGUUGAUGAUCACAGGUCAGGAAAAAUUGUUGUUGAACUGAAUGGUAGGUUGAACAAAUGUGGUGUCAUUAGUCCUCGCUUUGAUGUUGGAGUUAAGGAGAUUGAAGGAUGGACAGCAAGGUUGUUACCUUCCAGACAGUUUGGAUACAUUGUACUGACUACCUCUGCCGGUAUCAUGGACCACGAGGAAGCUAGAAGGAAGAAUGUUGGUGGAAAGGUCCUUGGUUUCUUUUAUUAGGCCCUUGUGUGGACAAUGGUGAACACCCUACUUCGGCCUUCCUUACAAUUGAAAUGGUUAUUAGUUUGUUUUGAGUUUUGUUUUCCUUCAGUUGUUAGUUGGGUUAUUUAAACUGCAUUUUUUGGACAAGAUUAUCAGUAUUGUAACUUACAUCCAGAGAAUAUAAGUUGAUGUUUGUCCA